CGCGCCCCUCGCCGCCGCGGGUGGGGGCGGCUCCACUGCGCCAGGCUCGGGCCGCCAGCCCUCCUUCCCAGAGCCGCCGCCAUCAUGCUGCUGCCCGUGUUCACCCUGAAACUGCGCCACAAAAUCAGCCCCCGCAUGGUGGCCAUAGGGCGCUACGACGGGACUCACCCGUGCCUGGCGGCCGCCACCCAAGCGGGCAAGGUUUUUAUUCACAAUCCUCAUACACGGAGCCAGCAUUUCAGUGCAUCCAGGGUCUUCCAGAGCCCCUUGGAAUCUGAUGUUUCACUUCUCAACAUUAACCAGGCAGUCAGCUGCCUGACUGCAGGAGUACUGAACCCAGAACUUGGCUAUGAUGCCCUUUUAGUGGGGACACAGACUAAUCUUUUGGCUUAUGAUGUCUACAAUAAUUCAGAUUUAUUCUACAGAGAGGUAGCAGAUGGGGCCAAUGCAAUUGUGCUGGGGACAUUAGGAGACAUUUCCUCUCCUCUUGCAAUUAUUGGUGGAAAUUGUGCUCUGCAAGGUUUUGAUCAUGAAGGAAAUGAUCUCUUUUGGACGGUUACUGGAGAUAAUGUUCAUUCUUUGGCCUUGUGUGACUUUGACGGUGAUGGGAAGAAAGAGCUUCUUGUUGGAUCUGAGGAUUUUGAUAUCCGUGUUUUUAAAGAAGAUGAGAUUGUGGCAGAAAUGACAGAAACAGAGAUAAUCACCUCUCUUUGCCCCAUGUAUGGCAGUCGAUUUGGUUAUGCCCUUUCCAAUGGCACAGUUGGAGUUUAUGACAAAACAGCCCGAUACUGGAGAAUUAAAUCCAAAAAUCAUGCUGUGAGCAUUCAUGCUUUUGACCUUAAUUCUGAUGGAGUGUGUGAACUGAUAACUGGUUGGUCCAAUGGGAAGGUCGAUGCUCGAAGUGACCGAACUGGAGAGGUCAUCUUUAAAGACAACUUUUCUUCUGCAAUUGCUGGUGUGGUAGAGGGAGAUUACCGGAUGGAUGGCCACGUCCAGUUAAUCUGCUGCUCAGUGGAUGGGGAAAUCCGGGGCUACCUGCCAGGCACAGCUGAGAUGCGAGGGAACCUCAUGGACACCAGCGUAGAGCAGGACCUGAUCCGAGAGCUGAGUCAGAAGAAACAGAACCUGUUGCUAGAACUCCGUAACUAUGAGGAAAAUGCCAAGGCGGAAUUGAGCAGUCCACUGAAUGAGGCUGAUGGGCAUCGGGGCAUAAUCCCAGCCAAUACCAAGCUCCACACUGCCCUCUCUGUCAAUCUGGGGAAUGAGACUCAGGCUGCUCAUGCAGAGUUGUGCAUUUCUACUUCUAAUGACACCAUCAUCCGAGCAGUAUUGAUUUUUGCAGAGGGGAUUUUUCUAGGUGAAAGCCACGUGGUACACCCCAGCAUUCACAACCUCUCCAGCUCCAUCCACAUCCCAAUUACACCUCCCAAAGACGUCCCUGUGGAUCUGCACUUGAAAACCUUCGUGGGUUACAGAAGCAGCACCCAGUUCCAUGUAUUUGAAUUGACAAGACAGCUCCCCCGCUUCUCCAUGUAUGCGCUGACCAGCCCGGACUCUGGCAGCGAGCCACUCAGUUAUGUCAACUUCACCAUUGCAGAACGGGCACAGAGGGUUGUUAUAUGGCUCAACCAGAACUUUCUGUUACCAGAAGACACUAACAUUCAGAAUGCUCCAUUUCAAGUGUGUUUCACAUCCUUACGGAAUGGUGGCCAGCUGUAUAUAAAAAUAAAACUUAGUGGAGAGAUCACUGUAAAUACUGAUGAUAUUGAUUUGGCUGGUGAUGUCAUCCAGUCGAUGGCAUCAUUUUUUGCUAUCGAAGACCUUCAGGUAGAAGCAGAGUUCCCUGUCUACUUUGAGGAAUUACGAAAGGUGCUAGUUAAGGUGGAUGAAUAUCAUUCAGUGCAUCAAAAGCUCAGCGCUGACAUGGCCGAUAAUUCUAAUCUGAUCCGAAGUCUGCUGGUCCAAGCUGAGGAUGCUCGUCUGAUGAGGGAUAUGAAAACAAUGAAGAAUCGCUAUAUGGAACUCUAUGGCCUUAAUAAAGACUUGCUAAAUGGAUAUAAAAUUCGCUGUAACAAUCACACAGAGCUGUUGGGAAACCUCAAAGCAGUAAAUCAAGCGAUUCAGAGAGCAGGUCGUCUGCGUGUUGGGAAACCAAAGAACCAAGUGAUCACUGCCUGUCGGGAUGCGAUUCGAAGCAACAACAUCAACAUGCUGUUCAGAAUCAUGCGGGUGGGGACAGCAUCUUCAUAGGAGAGGAAGAAUAGGAAAUGAAGUUCCCAGAAAGUGUUUUUCCCAAAAAAUGUAGGCUGGUUUGCUUUGGAUCACAUCCUGGUGAACCCAAGGUGCUGAGAAUGAAAACAACCUUGGUGAGUUGUACAAAUGAAACAAAGCAUUGCAUCUGAAAAAUGUAUUCAUUUUCUGCUUUUAAAAUCAGUCGUACUGUUGCCGAAUAAUACUAGGUUUGUAUGGAGGAAGGUGAAUGCUUUUGAAACAUUAGGGCUUCAAAGUCCAGUUUUUCUGUAUGUAUGUAAAGUCGGUGUAUAGAUACAUCUUUUCUCUUGAAAUUGUAAUUGAAUUUGUAAUUUUAAAAUAGAUUAUCUACUUUUUCAUUAAAAUUUAAAGGUAUUGUA